GGCGACGGCUGCAGCGACGGUGGGCCUGCUCUCUGGUGGAUGAGUAUAGCGUGUGAUUGAAUGGGCGCUGCGUCGUUGCGACGGGCGCCAUUGAGCGCGGCGGUGGUGCGGCGGCGGCGCGGGCUGCGCGCAGCCGCGGCUUCGAUCGGCGCUGGGCGACGGCGGCGCGUUGCAUAACCGUGUGGCACUCCGCGCGCGACCCCGCACCGAGCGCCCGCGAGCGCCACGCGCAGCCCCGCGCAUCCUCGCGCUCUUUACGUAACGCGCGUCCAGCCCCCAGGGCCAGUGUUUAGCUGUACGCAUAAGUGGUUCAGUUGGUGGAGCGCCUGGCUGCGGGCGACGGCCGGUUCGCUGAGGCGGCAACGAAGGCAGAUGUGGUGCGCGCGCGCCGGGAGCCAGCAGCGCGCGCGGCCUGCGGGCGUCGCGGCCAUCGAACCGCGCGCGUUCUAGACAAUACCCUAAGCACUAUAUACGGUCGGACAUGAAAAAUCUUGCCCAUUUGCUGGCUGUCCCUAUCAGCGAACACGAGCUCACUUUCAUCUCUCUGGUAGCCGCGGCCACACUGCUCUCGCGGACGACAGAAGGGCGGCGCCCACGUAGGUGGACGGCGGGAGAUCGCGGCCGCAGGGCGUGCGGCCGCGCGCGGCCCCCGCACCCGCACCAUCGUCCGCCCAUUCACUGUUAGCAGUAGGGAGUUCACUCGGGGGGAGUUCGAUAGACAAUGUCCGUGGACUUGGACUCGAUCAGCGAGGAAGAACGAAGCUUGUUCCGACCCUUCUCACGAGAGUCACUGGCCGCUAUCGAAGCCCGCAUAGCAGAGGAGCAUGCCAAGCAAAAGGAACUCGAGAAAAAACGAGCGGAAGGCGAGAACGAUUUGGGCCGGACGAAAAAGAAAAAAGAAGUACGGUACGAUGACGAGGACGAGGACGAGGGCCCGCAGCCGGACGCGACGCUGGAGCAGGGAGUGCCGCUGCCCGUGCGCAUGCAGGGCUCCUUCCCGAUCGAGCUCGCCUCCACGCCCCUCGAGGACAUCGACCCUUUCUAUCACAAUCAAACAACCUUCGUAGUCAUAAGCAGGGGUAAAGAUAUCUUCAGGUUUUCUGCCACCAACGCCUUAUGGAUACUGGAUCCGUUCAACCCUAUAAGAAGAGUGGCGAUAUACAUUCUAGUGCACCCUUUGUUCUCCUUGUUUAUUAUUACUACUAUCUUAGUAAACUGCAUUCUUAUGAUAAUGCCUACAACGCCUACCGUCGAAAGUACUGAAGUUAUCUUUACCGGAAUCUACACGUUUGAAUCGGCGGUGAAAGUAAUGGCCAGGGGUUUCAUUCUGCAGCCAUUCACAUACCUUAGAGAUGCAUGGAAUUGGCUUGACUUCGUAGUUAUAGCUUUAGCUUAUGUGACGAUGGGGAUAGAUCUCGGCAACCUGGCCGCUCUCAGAACGUUCAGGGUACUGCGAGCGUUGAAGACUGUGGCCAUCGUGCCGGGUUUGAAAACCAUCGUGGGUGCCGUGAUAGAGUCGGUGAAGAAUCUCCGGGACGUGAUCAUCCUGACGAUGUUCUCGCUGUCGGUGUUCGCGCUGAUGGGGCUGCAAAUCUACAUGGGGGUGCUGACGCAGAAGUGCGUCAAGGUGUUCCCCGAGGACGGCUCGUGGGGCAACCUCACCGAUGACAACUGGGAGAGGUUUUGCCAGAACGAAACAAAUUGGUACGCAGGCGAGAACGGGGACUAUCCGCUGUGCGGGAAUUCUUCGGGAGCUGGUCAAUGUGAGCCGGGCUACAUCUGCCUGCAAGGCUAUGGGCCGAACCCCAACUACGGGUACACCAGCUUCGACACCUUCGGCUGGGCCUUCCUCUCCGCCUUCCGCCUCAUGACGCAGGACUACUGGGAGAACCUCUACCAACUGGUGCUAAGGUCAGCGGGGUCGUGGCACGUGCUUUUCUUCGUGGUGAUCAUCUUCCUGGGCUCCUUCUAUCUCGUCAACUUGAUCUUGGCCAUCGUCGCCAUGUCCUACGACGAGCUGCAGAAGAAGGCCGAGGAGGAGGAGCAGGCCGAAGAGGAGGCGCUCAGGGAAGCGGAGGAGAAGGCAAAGGCGCGAGCGGACAGGGCAGAGGCUCGGGAGGCGCACGCGCGCGACGUGGCGGAGGCAGCGGAGGCGGCCGCGUACGCGCAGGCGCACCCCGCCAAGUCUCCCUCCGACUUCUCCUGUCAGUCGUACGAGCUGUUCGUGAACCAGGAGCGCGGCGCGCAGGACGACAACACGCGCGAGCGUAUGUCGCUGCGAAGCGACCCCUUCCAGGACUCGGUGAGCACUCAGCCCGCGCACAAGCCCGACUCGCACCACGACGCACGCCGUCACAGGAAGGUCAGCAUGGCCUCGUUGUCCCUGCCGGGGUCGCCGUUCAACCUGCGGCGCGGGUCGCGCGGCUCGCACCAGAUGACGCUGCGGCCGAACGGGCGCGCGCGCUACCCGCCGGGCGCGGACCGCAAGCCGCUUGUGCUCUCCACGUACCUGGAUGCGCAGGAGCACCUGCCCUACGCCGACGACUCCAACGCAGUCACACCCAUGUCCGAGGAGAACGGUGCUAUCAUCAUACCUGUCUACUACGCUAAUUUAGGUUCCCGACAUUCGUCCUACACAUCCCACCAGUCGCGCCUGUCGUACACAUCGCACGGCGACCUGCUGGGCGGCAAGCCGCAGACCAAGGAGGCGCGGCUGCGCGGGCGCUCCGCCUCGCGCAACCAGAGCAUCACCUCGCAGCCGCACGCCUACCCGCCGCAGCGGCAGGACUCCUCGCUCGCCUCGCGCCCGCUCAGAGAAUAUGAAAUGAGUGAAUGCACGGACGAAGCUGGGAAAGUACUGAAGCCUUCAAACGAUAACCCUUUUAUAGAGUCGUCGCAGCAGCCUAACGUAGUAGAUAUGAGAGAUGUAAUGGUACUAAAUGAAAUAAUAGAACAAGCCGGGCGGCAAAGCAGAGCCAGCGAUCAGAACGUGUCAACAGUAUACUACUUCCAAACAGCAGCAGCGGAAGACGAUGAGGACGGGCCAACGUUAAAGGAGCGGCUGCUAGACGGCCUGUGGAAGGGGAUAGACUUGUUCUGUGUGUGGGACUGCUGUUGGUUGUGGCUGGAGUUUCAGAAGUACGUCGCACUGUUGGUGUUCGAUCCGUUCGUGGAAUUAUUCAUCACGCUGUGUAUCGUUGUGAACACGUUGUUUAUGGCUCUCGACCACCACGACAUGAAUAAAGAUAUGGAAAAGGCUUUGAAGAGCGGCAAUUAUUUUUUCACCGCAACAUUCGCCAUAGAAGCAACAUUAAAGUUAAUAGCAAUGAGUCCAAAAUUUUACUUUCAAGAGGGUUGGAAUAUAUUUGACUUCAUCAUCGUGGCCUUAUCGUUAUUGGAGUUGGGACUGGAAGGUGUUCAGGGUUUGUCAGUGUUGCGUUCUUUUCGUUUGCUGCGUGUGUUUAAACUGGCCAAGUCUUGGCCUGCCCUAAACCUUAUUAUAUCCAUAAUGGGUAGGACCGUGGGAGCAUUAGGGAACUUGACCUUUGUACUUUGCAUCAUUAUAUUCAUAUUUGCCGUGAUGGGGAUGCAGUUGUUUGGCAAGAACUACACAGAUUACGUGGACCGGUUCCCGGACGGCGACCUGCCUCGGUGGAACUUCACUGACUUCAUGCACAGCUUCAUGAUCGUGUUCCGAGUGCUCUGCGGAGAAUGGAUAGAGAGCAUGUGGGAUUGCAUGCUGGUCGGUGACGUCUCCUGUAUUCCCUUUUUCCUGGCCACUGUCGUAAUUGGCAAUCUUGUGGUACUUAACCUCUUCUUGGCCCUGUUACUGUCAAAUUUUGGAUCGUCGAGUUUAUCUACGCCCACUGCCGACCAGGAAACGAAUAAAAUCGCAGAAGCCAUCAACCGGAUAUCAAGGUUCAUCAACUGGAUAAAGCGGAAUAUAGCGGACUUCUUGAAACUACUGAAGAACAAGUUGACCAAUCAGAUAGCUAUACAUGCCCCCGAGCGCGUCGACAACGAGCUGGAGCUGGGCACCGACCUCGACGACGCUGUCCUCUACAAGGACAAGAAACUCAAGGACCAAGUCGAGGUGGCCAUAGGAGACGGCAUGGAAUUCACUAUACCAGGUGACAAUAAGUACAAGAAAGGGAAGAUAUUGAUGAACAAUAUUAACGCAAUAACGGAUAAUCAUAGAGACAAUCGGUUAGACUGUGAGCUCAAUCAUCUCGGCUAUCCUAUACAGGAUGACGAUACGAUAAGCCAGAAAUCAUACGGUAGUCAUAAAAAUAGGUCGUUUAAAGAUGAAAGUCACAAAGGUUCAGCUGACACGAUAGACGGGGAAGAGAAAAAAGAUGCUAGCAAGGAAGAAUUAGGUUUAGAAGAAGAAAUAAUAGAAGAAGAAGAAGAGGGCAAAAUGGAUGGUAUCCCCAAACACGACAUCGUCGCUAAUGACGAAGACGUGAUCGAUGACACGCCCGCCGACUGCUGCCCUGAACCUUGCUAUCAGAAGUUCCCCUUUCUCGCCGGAGACGACGAUUCCCCAUUCUGGCAAGGCUGGGGCAUGCUUCGAUUAAAGACUUUUAGACUGAUAGAAAACACCUAUUUUGAAACGGCUGUGAUUACUAUGAUCUUGCUCAGUAGUUUGGCUUUGGCUUUAGAAGAUGUUCAUUUGCCUCAUCGACCAAUCCUUCAAGACAUUUUGUAUUAUAUGGACCGCAUUUUCACCGUUAUUUUCUUCCUCGAGAUGUUGAUCAAGUGGCUCGCCCUCGGGUUUCAGAAGUAUUUCACCAACGCGUGGUGUUGGCUCGACUUUAUCAUCGUCAUGGUCUCGCUUAUAAACUUCGUAGCGGCGCUUUGUGGCGCCGGCGGCAUUCAGGCGUUCAAAACGAUGCGAACGCUGCGCGCGCUGCGUCCGCUCAGGGCCAUGAGCCGCAUGCAGGGCAUGAGGGUGGUGGUAAAUGCUUUAGUACAGGCAAUCCCCUCCAUCUUCAACGUACUGCUGGUGUGUCUCAUCUUCUGGCUAAUCUUUGCCAUCAUGGGUGUUCAGUUAUUUGCUGGAAAAUACUUCAAGUGCGUCGAUUUGAACCACACAACUUUGAGCCACGAAAUAAUCCCGGAUAAAAAUGCGUGUAUCUUGGAAAAUUACACAUGGGAAAACUCACCCAUGAACUUCGAUCAUGUGGGCAAAGCCUACUUGUGCCUGUUCCAAGUUGCUACAUUCAAGGGAUGGAUUCAGAUCAUGAAUGAUGCUAUCGAUUCUAGAGAGGUCGGCCGUCAACCAAUACGAGAAACAAAUAUAUACAUGUAUCUUUACUUCGUAUUCUUCAUCAUUUUCGGAUCAUUCUUUACUCUUAACCUGUUUAUCGGAGUUAUCAUUGACAACUUCAACGAGCAGAAGAAGAAGGCCGGCGGCAGCCUCGAGAUGUUCAUGACCGAGGACCAGAAGAAGUACUACAACGCCAUGAAGAAGAUGGGCUCCAAGAAACCGUUGAAAGCCAUUCCUAGACCUAAGUGGCGGCCACAAGCAAUAGUGUUCGAGAUAUGCACGGACAAGAAGUUCGACAUGAUCAUCAUGUUGUUUAUCGGCUUCAACAUGCUGACCAUGACGCUGGACCACUACCAACAGACGGAGACGUUCAGCACCGUGCUCGACUAUCUCAACAUGAUAUUCAUCGUGAUAUUCAGUUCCGAGUGCCUAUUGAAAAUAUUCGCCUUACGCUACCAUUAUUUUGUCGAACCGUGGAAUCUGUUCGAUUUCGUCGUCGUAAUGUUCUCUAUUCUUAGUUUGGUAUUGAGCGAUAUUAUAGAAAAAUAUUUUGUAUCACCAACUCUACUAAGGGUAGUAAGAGUUGCGAAAGUAGGUAGAGUCCUUCGACUGGUAAAAGGCGCCAAGGGCAUCCGGACGCUGCUGUUCGCCUUGGCCAUGUCACUGCCGGCGCUGUUCAACAUUUGCCUUCUACUGUUCCUUGUCAUGUUCAUCUUCGCCAUCUUUGGGAUGUCGUUCUUUAUGCACGUCAAGGACAAAGGUGGCCUAGACGACGUGUAUAAUUUCAAGACUUUUGUGCAGAGCAUGAUUCUGCUUUUCCAAAUGUCGACGUCGGCCGGAUGGGACGGCGUGCUCGAUGGCAUCAUCAACGAGGAGGAGUGCGACCUGCCCGACAACGAGCGCGGGUACCCCGGCAACUGCGGCUCGGCCACCAUCGGCAUCACCUACCUGCUCUCCUACCUCGUCAUCUCCUUCCUCAUCGUCAUCAACAUGUACAUCGCCGUCAUUCUCGAGAACUAUUCUCAGGCGACGGAGGAUGUACAAGAGGGUCUGACGGAUGACGACUACGACAUGUACUACGAGAUCUGGCAGCGGUUCGACCCCGACGGCACGCAGUACAUCCGCUACGACCAGCUGUCCGAGUUCCUCGACGUGCUCGAGCCGCCGCUGCAGAUCCACAAGCCCAACAAGUACAAGAUCAUAUCGAUGGACAUCCCGAUAUGCCGGGGAGAUAUGAUGUUCUGCGUGGACAUCCUCGACGCGCUCACCAAGGACUUCUUCGCGCGGAAAGGGAACCCGAUCGAGGAGACGGGCGACAUCGAGCCGGGGCGGCCCGACGAGGUCGGGUACGAGCCGGUGUCGUCGACGCUGUGGCGGCAGCGCGAGGAGUACUGCGCGCGGCUGAUCCAGCACGCGUGGCGGCGGCACCGGCGCGGCGCGGGCGGCUCGGGCGGCUCGGAGGCGGGCUCGGGCACGGCCGUGCUGCUGGACGCGGGCGGCGCGGGUGGUGCUGGCGACGGCGGGACAGGCGCCGCGGCCGCCCGAGCCGGCGCCGCCGCCCGCGCCCGUCUGACCCGCGCUGGCGCUCGCGCUGCUGCCCGCGCUGGUCGACGACGCGCCGCUGCCUGCACCGCUGCCCGAGCUCCUCAGCCCGCCCAAGCGCACUUGAUUAUUGUUUACGCUAGAUGUUCGCUGUACAUAGUCGGCGGUGCGGCUGCCGCGCGCGCGCCCGGCCGUCACGCGCCGCGCGUCUGCGCCCUUUCUUUUUGGGACGUUAAUUCGUGCGCGAUUAGAGACGCUCGAAGUGUUAAGUGGAGUGUUUUAUAUUCGCGUGGCCGAAGCUUUUGAGACUGUUUUUUUUUGCGACUGACGUUCGCGCGAGUGUAAUAUAUAUUAUUAUAUUUUAUUGUACCGAUUCGUAUCUAUUUACAUCGUCGCGUUAAACCUGCCCAUGUGAGAGAAACCCGUUUUUUUAAGAGAAUCGUUGUAGCGAGCAUGUUUUUUUGUCACUGAUAACGUAAUGUAAGGUAUCGGAUAAUAUUGAGGAAAUUCUAUAAGCUUAUUUUUGUAUUCGAUGAAUAUCACUGUCUGCCUGUAAAUUCUAAAUCGAUACGAUCUUUAAAUUAAGACGACGGAGAUCGUUGAUUUGAUAAUAAAUUGUGAGAUAUCAUUUUAAUUCCCCGAAAUGGUGUCGAACAAUAUCCGUAUACUCGUGCUAGAGUAGCGAGGCGUCGCACAGCGCGGCGCGAGUGCGUUGCUUCAUUCGGUUCCGCUUCAGCCAGCGGCGCGUCGGCCCGCGGGCCGGGGCUACUCGCGCGGGCCCGCGGGCCGCCUGUGCGCGAGCCGGCCACGCAGCAAGCACAUUGAUGUAGCACACCAAUAUUUUAACUUAACGACUUAAAACGAAAUUACCUUGUAUCAUUACAAUCAUUAUAACGUCUUCGACUCGUCCGUUGCGUUUGGACGUUAGUGUAAUCGUAUCUAAUAAACGCUUAUGAGAAGCAAUGGCUACGCCGAUUCAUAUCAAUUUUGUCCGUAAUAGUUUUAAUAGUUCCAGUUUAUAAGCUUCUUACUGUACCGAAAUGACGUUGCGUUGUAUCUUUCUAUACGAGGUCGGCACACCGUCGGUUCCCUCGAGAUAAAGAGUUUAGACAAAUUUUUGCAAGUUAUAUCUAUGUAAGCUUAACAAAUCAGCUGUGAAAUCGGUACCAGAAUUCACUUCCGUCCUAAUUCAGUACGCAUCAUAGGAAUCGAGCCAUUUUAUGUAACGCGCACUUUCCAUGUAGGUACCUCUAGUUAAUGUAAUUUCCUUUCCCCGGAUUACAUUAGCUGCGGUCGCGCGGGCGCCCGGGCCGCUUCCCCCGGCCCUCCGCGCCCGCGCCGCCCUCCGUAUAUGACGACUUUAAGCGGGCCGGUACUGCUUCCAUGAGUAUUGCUCUCGCGAUUUACAUUCAAUGCUGUGACGAUCUUCAACUAACGAAACAAGAACGCUAACCCAGACUACCCACCGAUUCGGCUAACUGAAAGAGUCACCUUAACUAGCAAAUAAGAUAUAUUGAUAAUACCUAAGAGAUCGAACGUCCCUUACCGAGUAAGGUAGAUAUUAUUGAUUGAGUAUCUAUUGUUUUUCAAAUGAUACCUCUGUAGCGAUCCGUCGCUCGCCAGUGGCCGCGGCCGCAGAAGUCGGCGGGGCCACAUACCGUGAAGAACUAUCGUAAUUUAUUUGUAAUUAAACUUUGGAAGUUGUCAAUUUUUUACAAAUCUGUAAAUAUUGAGAGCUUAUCGCCGGGGAGAUCCCAAACCGCACGUCGCAACACAUAUUUUUCAUAAUACCUAUCUAGUAUGGAAUCAGCGAAUAUGGCAGCGUUACGUAAAUAAGCUUGAAGCAAUAAACGUAAACGUGUGCUCGACGAACGUUUCCGCUUUUCAUUAAGUAUGGAACAAGUCACCGAAUGUUGUGUGUCGGUUGUUUUCAAUUCGUUUUAAUAAAAUGUGAAAAACUGAAAGGCAAGACAAUCUACGUGUUGCAGUUUAAAGAGUCAGUGUAUUGUAAGCUAAAAGAGAUGCUUACCGUUUUGCACAUAUUUAGCAAUAAUAUCGGUACGUGAGUAUGUACCGUGGGUGGCGGCCGGCGCGGCGCCGGCGCUUCCCCCGCCGCGCUCCGCGCCGCCCCGCCAGACCCGCUCAUUCGUUCAAUUGGUUCUUCUGUUCCUUUGACCCGUUUCGUUCACUUCUUGUUAUAUAUUUAUAUACGACGAACGGUCUUUAACAUCCUCUUGUGUUGGUCAAACCAAACGUUUUACUAUUAGGCAUAUUUGCACAAAGAAGUUGUGUUUAAUUAAGUUUAGGACAAUAAGUUAUGAUAUCAUUGUAUUAUUUCUUUAAAUAUAUGACAAAAAAGUGAGUUCAGUUUGCUGAAUGAUAGAGGUUUACUUGAGUAUUUAUUAUAUAUAUUGUUGAAGUUUGUACAAAAUAAAUUAAGUAAACGAUGAAAUAUAGAACUUGACUGCUUUA